UUUUCGAUCACGAAAAGCCCCAUAAGGCUAGCCGUCUUUAUGUAUUUUCAGUCAACGUCGAUAUUGUGAAGUAUUAUAUUACAAUUUUCGGAACUGUUCAAAAAAGACUAACAAUACAAAAGUUUCCGAUUUAGCUGCUGGCAGAUAUAUAAUUGUUAGGUUUUUGAAAAUCUAAUCAACAUGAAUAUUUUACCCAAAAAACGAUGGCACGUUCGCACCAAAGAGAACAUUGCUAGGGUACGUCGAGAUGAAGCUAAAGCUGCCGAGGAAGAAAAGGCUAUAAAAGCCCGGGUCCAAAAAGCGGAAACUGAAGCUAGGACGAAUUUUCUCAGAGACCAAGCAAGGCAGAGGUACGACGGUCGUCAAGUUGCAGAUGGAAAGGAUGAGGGUGCUAAGGAAGCAACAACAUCAGAAGCCCCCUUAGAACACGUAAAUUUUUUUGCUGACAUCGAAGAUGGAAAAACUGAUUAUAGUAAACCAAAUGCUGAUCAUGAAAUUGAGAAAAAGCAGGAACAGGAGAAGUAUGAAAAGCAAAUUGGAUAUUUGACUUAUUUGGGACAAGAUACAAAUGAAGCUACUGGAAACAAGAGCUGGUACAAUGAACUUCCAAAAAGGCUUUCUGAGACUGAAAAAUAUGAGGAGGCUGGGAUUAAAACAAAACUUCUAAAUGACCCGAUAAACGAUAUCAGGAAAUACAUGAAGAUAAUGGGCUCAACUUUGCCGUCAACAUCGUCACCAAAUUUUAAGAGAGAAAAAUUAAAAACUACAGAUUCUGUGAAAAGAAAACGCGAUUCCAGUGACUUAGAAUCGUGUACUAGAGACGGUGAUCGCAAGAGAUACAAAAAACACAAGAGUAAGAAAUCAAAAAAACAUAAAAGGUCGAAAACUGAGGAGCCUACCCCUAAGCCUAGUGUAGAUUUAGAAAAAUUAAGAGCAGAGAGAUUAAGACGGGAAAAUGCUGAAAAAUUAAAGACCAAGAUGCUGUUAGCUAAAUUGAACGGAGACCCAAUCGAACCCGCAGUGAAGGAAGUUCCAAAACCUAUUAUACAACAAAAAUAUAAUUCGCAAUUUAAUCCUGAAAUAGCUAGGCAAAAUGCUGACAGAAUAUAUAGGCGGUGAAACUAUAGCUAAUAAUUUGCUGUAACAUGUGACAGAACUAGCCUGAAUUAUAUGUAUAAUUUCUAAAUAUUCUACUGUCUCAAGUCGAAUAACAAUGCAAUAAAAAUUCAUUUGUUAUAAACAAUCGAUAUUCUUUCUCUAUUUUUGGAUCACAUCUAAGAUCAUUUAAUUUCCCAAUACGAAAUUGAAGACCUUCAAAUUGAUUAACAUCGGACAACAUAAUAAAUUUUUGAGUUUAGUUUUUUACUCGUCAUUCGUGUGUUCGUACUUACUAGGAGGUCACGUUCAAAUUAUACUUUAUAUUUAUAUCGUGUGAAAUAGAUGACUAGGAAUGAUCAGGAUUGUAUGAAGAAUGACGGUAAAGUCAAAGUUGAAAAUUACAUUUUACUUGGUUCAGUGUAUCGUCGCACAUGUGAUAUCAGUGUGUUUAGGAAUGCUCUACAUGCCAAAUCGCUUCUGUUUAAGAGAUGGUGGUAAAUUUUCCGUCAAUUUGACCGGAUUUAAUUCAACAGCUACCAUUUCAUCAUUGACCAACCAACCUAGGUGUACUAAAUUCUGAAACAAAGAUAUUCAAAUCAAUACACGAUAUAAAUGAUUCUUUAUUGUAAUAAUGGAUUAGAAAGAAAGUCGAAUAAAUAUGAUAGUUAUAAUAAGAGGGAAACAUGCAAUGAUGCAUCCACUAUGUUUGUCUCUAGUUUAAUUACCUAUGAGCCUUAACUUACCUUAUAUUUUUUGACAAUUCGAAAAGCUCCUUGAGAAUGUGAAUUCGUUUCAUGAUUACUGUUAUCCAUAGAGUCGCCGUUAUCCAAUCUGAAAAUUUUUGCUCCUGAAUUGGGCAAAUUUUUCGCCUUAUCAACAACGCAGAUCAUCGUGUUGUCGUGCAUUAUUAUUAAAUUUUCAUUCCUAGGAUCAAAUGUUAUAUGACUGAUAGGUAUAGCCCGGGAAAGCCAUUGUUUUGGCAGUUUUUCCUCUAAGUUUGUAGAAAACUGUGUAUAGCGUUUUUCUGUAAUACUGUAUUCGACGAUCUGAAAAAUAAAAUAGCGUGAAUUGACGA